AUGAGUGACACUCGGAGGGAAAACGGAGGUGACAGCGGUGGUAGAGGUGGGGGCUCUGUUCGCCGGGCGAGAGAGCGGAUGUUGGCCGGUGAAAGGGGAAUCCGACCAGUGGAAAAUGCCAGUCUGACCGGAUUUUCAAAAGUUACGCUCCAGGGCCCUAUCUCCGUUAGACGCCCACCACCUGCUCCGGCCGCGUUCAAAACUCUUGACAAUUCGAGCAAAACGGCUGUGAUAUCAAAGCCUUCGCUUGCCCCGCAAUGGCCACUCCGCGAUGAGGAUGCUGGUCCGAGAGAAAACGGAAGGGAUUCAAAUAAAACUGUCAAUUUCUCCAAGCGUCCGGCUCCUCAACGGCCUGCUCGCCCCGAUAACAUCACGUCGUUCCUAGAUGCUUCAAAACCCCGUGAUUAUGCCCCUAGCAUCCCUUACCGACAGGAAAAAUCUACAUCAUCUUUUCAGCAACUUCAAAAUGAGCAGUCAAGGGCUCAAAACCCAGAGCAGAUUUUGCGGUCUGCUGAUAAUGUAUCCGGAUCAGUUGACUCGAAUUCUCGUAGUCAUCCUCUGGGUACCAAAGUUAUCCAACCUACUCCCUCUGCUACCUUGCCCCCGGCCAGAGAGAACUCCAGCGUUCAUCCCCCCCCUUCAACACGCCGAACAGGCUCCUCAUAUUACCUGGGUGCCGCUUCCGUCUCUCCAAUCCCUGAAGAGCCUCCUGAGAUUACGCCAAGAAAGGGAGGCUCGUACGCAUCGAGUAAAGUUAUUCCAUCUAGUUGGGGAACUGCACCUCCUGACGUUGAUGUUCCGAGGUGGUCAGACGAAGAUUUCUUCGUAAAUGAUGGAGAUGAUACGCCCGGUGAUUCGCUUGUCAGACAAGCGAGCUUAGGAAAGAGAGGCAAAGCCUCACUUCGUACAAUAAAUAAAAUCCAAGGCGAUCAGUCCGUUGGCAGCAGCCAAGCUCCGAAGUUGGCAACCGGCAAAACCUCUAAUGAGAAUAUAGGGGCUCCACCUAUUGGGAUGCCUGAAACUGCAAAUUCAAAGAUGAUAAAUCCCGCCGACGAGGGACAAAACGUACCGGACCAACCAGAAUUACGACCUUCGGAUGAUUAUGAAUCUUCUUCGUCUUCAGACGAUGACUACGAAAAGCCGCCAAUCCCUAUCAUGCAAUUUGAAAGGAAGGCUUCAAAAGCAACUUUGAAGAAGAUGGAAGGUCGGAGCUCCAGCUUUGUGACUAAGGGCGACGAGAAGAAGCGGCCACCUCAAAUUGACAUGGACGCCGUUCGACGAGCGGAAGCCAGAGGAAGUCUAACAAGCCUGCCUGAUCUAAUUCGUCGUGCUACGAAACUAGCAUCAAACCUUGACCGAGGAAAGACGGCGAGUAGGCUAGGGAUAUCUGAUUUUUUAAAUGCAAGUGAUGAUUACAGAGCCCGGAAUUCCGGUUCCAUAUCCGAUAUCUUGGCUUCAUUCCCACCACCUGUCAUUGCCCAUCCAGCUGGUAAUGACCGGUGGCCUGGCCCAUUUGAUAAUACCGACCCUAGAUCUCCCUCGAAGGUUGAAAAAGGACCAGAGAAAGGUGUGCGACGGUGCUGUGGUUUGCCUCUCUGGGCAGUUAUUCUAAUCGGUAUUGUCGCGCUCGCGCUCAUUUCGACAGCGGUUGUAGUCCCUGUCACACUAGUUGUUCUUCCUCGAGCUUCCCAACCGUCCUCUGCAUCUCUCUCUGAACAUUGCGAAGCAACAGACCCUUGCAAGAACGGAGGUAUCAGCGUUGGAAAUCCAAGCUCAUGCGGAUGUGUUUGCGUUAAUGGGUUCGGUGGGGAUAGAUGCGCCAUUGCAGGAGAUAACAGCUGUACGACGAUCAAUGUUUCGAACGAUUCUUCUAGCUUCCAAAAUGCAACAUUGGGCGCUGCUCUCCUACGAUUGUUCGAGGACUCACAAGCAAAUUUUAGCAUUCCACUUGACACACCAAAAAUCCUCCGCCUCUUCAACGACGAGAGUAUGUCUUGCACCAGCCAGAACGCGCUUGUGACCUUUAAUGGAGCUAGUCGAAAACGAGAUGGACAAGCAAUUCGCAAACCUAAUGCUAUCAAGGGAAGCACCGCAACUCGCAAAUCGAUCCACCACCGCAAUACCCACACCCGCGCCCUUCUUGAGAGAAGAGCACGGAGUUCCGAUGUUGCGAGCCCCACCAGAUCUUCAAUGCCAUGGUCCGCUCCAACAAAUUCUCCAGCCCUACCGCCACUGUCCGCCAAAUUACUAGACUUCUCCCGAAUUGCUGUCCUCUUCAUAUUCGGGGAGACUGAAGACCUAGCCGAUGCAGUCAACGCACAUGAUUCGAUCCAAUCCUUCUUCCGAGACCCUUCAGGAGAGUCAGAUAAACAAAAGGGUUGGUCAGUGGGCGUGAAUUGCACAACCCAUGAUUUCACUCUUGACUUUGUUAGAUUUACGAUCGGGUUGGAUAAUGGCACGAUUGUUGGGAGGGCGUGA